AAUCCGGAAAAGAAAAAAAAUCACGUUCAACUCAGUAAAAAGGCAAGGAGGGAAGGCUGCCCCGAUAAACCCUCACAGCCGGCGGCCGCGCUCCUCCCGGUGCAGCGGCCUCCGCCUCUGCACCCCUCCUGUCGCCCCUUCCAGAUCAAGCUGAAGGAGAUUUUUGAGACACCCUCGGAGAUCGCGCUCGUCCUGGAGCUGGUGACGGGAGGAGAGCUCUUCGACAGGAUCGUGGAGAGGGGGUUCUACAGCGAGCGGGACGCGGCCCACGUCGUCAAGCAGAUCCUGGAAGCUGUUUCGUAUCUGCAUGAAAACGGGGUCGUCCACCGUGACCUGAAGCCAGAGAACCUGCUCUACGCAGACCUGUCCCCCGACGCUCCCCUUAAAAUCGGUGACUUCGGGCUCUCCAAGAUCGUGGAUGAACAGGACACCAUGAAAACUGUCUGCGGGACGCCGGGGUACUGCGCCCCCGAAAUCCUCCACGGGUGCCCGUACGGCCCAGAGGUGGAUAUGUGGUCCGUGGGCGUCAUCACCUACAUCCUGCUCUGCGGCUUCGAGCCCUUCUUCGACCCGCGAGGGGACCAGUACAUGUACAGCCGCAUCCUCACCUGCGACUACGAGUUCGUGUCCCCGUGGUGGGAUGAGGUUUCCCUCAAUGCCAAGGAUUUGGUCAGAAAAUUGAUCGUCCUGGACCCCCAGAAGAGACUGACCGUCUACCAGGCGCUGGAGCAUCCCUGGGUCACCGGGAAAGCUGCUAAAUUUGCUCACAUGGACAGCACGCAGAAGAAACUGCAGGAAUUUAACGCCAGGCGGAAGCUGAAGGCUGCCAUGAAAGCUGUGGUGGCUUCCAGCCGCUUGGGCAACCACGGCCACCACGACUGCUCCCGCAGCGGGCGCAGCCCGGGGGGUCCCCAGGGUGCCUGCCUGCCCCAGGGGACGGGGACCGCUGGUCCCGGAGCCACCGCCACUGAGGACCUCGACGGUUUCCAGAGCGACUGCCCCGCCGUGGCCAAGGUUCCCGUGAGCGGGGCUGGCUGCGAGAGCUAACGCGCUUCGGCAAGUGAUACCCCACUGAGCCUUGGACGCUGCCACGGGGAGAGGCGGGGGAAGCUGGGGGGGACAGGAGCACCCCUAUCGUAGGAGUGCAUCGGGGGCCCGUGCUCUGCGGCGUGGAACAUCCUUCUUUAGUGUCCUGUUGCCAGUGCAGUCGUACCUGGUCGCUGUGAGUGUGUGUCUGUACGGACCCGACUGAGGAAACAAGGCUGGUGACUCAGUCUUCCAACAAAUGAACACUUUUGGCCACCAUGGCUUGAAAAGAUCCCAAGUGGCUUAAAAACGAGGAGCAAACAGCAGAUAAAGGAUUUCUUUCACCUUCCCUACAAAGGCAGUGAGUUGGCUUUACAACAGUUUUGUAAAUAAUCCCCUGAAAGGUUUAUUUAUUUAAGGGAGAGGGUGUGUCUGGACCAUCCCUGACCACCGGAGCUCUGUCUACAGUCGCUGUUACCAGGCCCAGCUGUAGGUUUGCUGCCGUGUUGGACAAGGUUUGUAGGAGCCUUUGAAUCCAGCUGUUUGAUCCUACGCAGAGAAAAAAGUGUUUGCCAGUGGUUCCUUUAUUAUUUCUAGAGGGUAGACGACCUCUGCUUGGUUUGUGCUUUGGUUCCGCUCCAGUUUCAUCUGUUCCCACGUUCUGUCUUGCCGUGGGCGCGUGGGGGGGUUGUCACGAGAGAACGCUGGCUCGUCUGGCCGCUGCGCUGGCGUUCCAGGUGACGACUGACAUGACGGGUUUUAACAAAGAGUGACACAAAUCUGCCCACGGCGCGUUGUAAGACGUUGUGACGUGUAACGGUGCUGUUGUUUCCUGAGGGAGGAUAACGAGUUUAUACAUAUUGUGGGGUUUGGGGGUUUUUUUUUUAAGACUAAUGAAAUCAGCUGACAAACUUCUUGAAAUUUUUUAGGUAGUUAUUUACCAAGCCACAGAAUAAGCAUUUGCAGAUUUUAAUACAGGAUAAGUAAUCAGAGAGGAAAAGCCAUAUUACACGUGGGGGGGUGCAGAACGGCGGGCAGCUGCUCUGCAGUCCCAGCUGCUGUGAUCCAGCCUGAGGUUUGCUAGCCCGAGGCAACGACCGUGACCUGCAGCCCUGGCAGUUUGGACCAUACACACAGAACAGUGUGUUCCGGCAAAAAAAAGCUCAACUGGAGAAGAACAACAUUCAUACACGAGGCUAAUUUUUCCAGAACGGGGACACAGAGCCGAGUAGUUGAUAAAAGAGGGGCUGCAAACAAAAAUUGGAGUUUUGCUGAGGCUGAAAGCCGCCGCUCCAGAGAGCCGGCUCGGCGCAGAGCGUGGGGCAGCAGGUCAGGGCUGUAAUCAGGGUGCCAGGAAGGGAAAUGUAACACAGCGACUUUCAUAGUUAUUUACAGCACAAGCAGAAAUCAUAAAGACUAUGUGUAAGGGCUGAUCCAUACCGCAAUGAAGCUCAUUUAUGUUUAGGGUGCUUGCAGAGCUGAAUACAGAGGGAUUUUUAAUUGGGAAAACACUAGGUCUCAGCCAGAAAUGUGCUUUUUUUUUUUUUUUUAAACUAAGGGUCAUACCUUCAGUGGGGAAGCAGACACGCAGCAAGAUUUCACUUUGGAGAAGGUAAACGCUGAUAACCUGGGAGAAUGCUUUAGCAAGGGGAAAAUGAUUUCUUUUUCUUUGCGUUUUGCAGGAGGGGCAGUUGUUUUCUCUCCUUUUUUUGACAUAGAGGGCUGAACCUUGCAGCGUGCUGAACUCCCAUCUUUAUCCCAUGCUUAAGGUGAAACUCUCUGUCCUUCAGGCUCUGUGAUGCGACCCCAUUUACUCCAGUGGGGCCAGAACUCGAACUUUAACCAUGUUGUUUACUAACCCAGGUCUUAAAAGACUAUUUUAUAACCUUUGACAUAAAAUACUUAUUUAAAUGCCUUGCAGGACCAGGCCAGAGUGCUCAGCACACCCAGGGCCUGUGAAGCAGGGACCAAUGCUGGGAAACACUGAGUAAGGUUGCCCUGCCCCCAGACCGCUCCUGAUCCUGCAGAAUAAUGGGAAAUGAGUAUCAAUUAGGUAUCAAUUAGGUAACAGCAAGUAACAAAGUAUUUCCAGUGAUGGAAGGCACCCUAGGGAAAACUAAGCAAAAACCCGAGUUUGCCUCUUGUCGUGUAAGCAAAGUAUUAUUCCACAAAUAUCAGUACUUAAAGGUAGAAAGAAAAAAAAAAAGUACUCCUGGGGGUAAAUCUGACAGGAGAUGCCAUUUUGGUCUGUAUGCUGUUUUCAGAAUGUGUUUUAAUAACUUACUACUUCAGUAUAGUGGUGACAUUUCCAAUAUCGCAGGUAUUUAUAACAAAAUAUAGACAGCUAAUAAAGUAUCAAACAUGAUAA